CCUCUCAAACUACCUUGUGCAUGUCUCUUGUUGUCUUGAAGAUACAGUAAUCAACUACAGAAGCUCAAAGCUGUCAUUUAGGUGCCUCAGUUAUGCGGCUCGCCUAAGUAAACUUAGUAUCUACACUGAGCAAUGAUAUAUCCAGGAAGGCUUGGAGGAGGUCAUGAUCGAUGUGGGGAAUACCAUACAGAAGAAACCGGAGAUCCUCUAUGAAACGGAUUCAGGGUUCAGUGGCAGCUAUUCGACACUGAUUCUUUACAACAGUUUAAAGUGAGUGCAAUGGCGAACAAAGUUAUUUAUGGAGCCAUGGGGGCUUUGGGUACUUCGUAUGCUGCUUACAAAGCUCUCUGCCCUUGGCUUGCUCUCGACGUCAUGGACUUGGCUUUAAGGGACAAUGUCACUCGGCUAUUUCAGGAAGCCGUCGCUUCCAAAACAUAUCUGAUUGACGCCUUUGAACAGAGUGUGAAGAAUACUCCGGACAAGUAUUUCCUCAUUUACAACGACAUGAUUUUCACUUAUCAAGACGUUGAUCGAAAAGCGAACAAAAUGGCACGAGUAAUUAGAACAUGGGGACUUAACAAAGAUGAUGUCAUCGCUAUGUUUAUGCAUAACGAGCCAGAAUUUGUGUGGACUUUUAUAGGAAUUCUCAAACUGGGUAUUCCUGUGUGUAUGGUCAACUACAACCUUCGACAUCAAUCUUUGGUUCAUAGCUUGAGAACGUGUGAAGCUAAAGCCGUCAUCUGCAGCUCAGAUGGAGAGACAAUGAGGGCAGUCUCAGAGUUGGGGCCUGAGCUGGACGGGUUGGCAGUAUAUGUACAUGAUCUGCCAGGGAGCGAAGUUACACCACCCUGCCGGCCCCUGUCCGGCAUGCUAGCCCGAGUCUCCGGGGACAAGGUGGAGAAGGCGUGGCGGGAGCCAGUGGAGCCUCUCGAUCCAAUGUGCUAUGUUUUCACGUCCGGUACCACGGGGAAUCCUAAACCAGCUUUACUGACCCAAAUUCGAGGACAAUCUUUGAUGCAAGUGCUCCAAUCGAAUGCAGGCAUGACCGAGGAAGACAUUCUGUACACUUGCUUACCCAUGUAUCACUCCGCUGCACUCUUCCUUGGGUUGAUGGGAGUCAUGAACACAGGUUCCACAAUGGUGUUAAGCCGCAAGUUUUCUGCCACUCGCUUUUGGGAAGACUGCCGUAAGCACAAGGUCACAGGCAUCCAGUAUAUCGGUGAACUCUGUCGAUAUCUACUGACAAAAGCGAUGCAUCCAAGAGAUGGCCAGCACUGCAUCCGAUUUGCGUAUGGUAAUGGUCUACGGGCUGACAUAUGGGAAGAAUUUCAGCGCAGAUUUAAAAUUCCAAAGAUAGUCGAAUUUUUCGGCGCAACAGAAUCCUCUGGCAGCUUAGUGAAUAUUCACAAUAAGCCAGGAGCCGUGGGAAGGUAUUCCCCGUACAUGGCUUGGCGAGACAACAAUUCCAAAGUUCUCGUCAAGUACGACAUUUCUACCGCCCAGCCUAUCCGAGAUGAGCGGGGACUAUGUAUUCAAGUUAAAUUAGGGGAGCCAGGUUUGCUCUUGAUCCGUUUUCCGCCUCACAUACAACCUGACAAAAUCUACCUGAAGAGUGAAGAGAAAGUUAAGGAGAAGAUAGCCAGGAACGUUCUUCAGAAAGGUGACGUCUUCUUCAACUUCGGUGAUUUGUUGUACAUGGAUAAGAACUACUUCCUGUACUUUGUUGACAGAAUCGGUGAUACGUUCAGAUGGAAAGGUGAAAAUGUCUCCACUCUAGAGGUUGCCAACACUCUGACGCGGCUGGACUUUAUCCUGGAUGCCAAUGUGUAUGGGGUUAAAGUCCCAGGAAACGACGGCAGAGCUGGUAUGGCCUGUUUGCUUUUAGAGGGCAGUAGAAGAGAACUUACCGAAAGCAUGUGCAUGGCUAUUUACCAGCUGUGCGAAGAAGACCUCCCGCGAUAUGCCAGGCCACUGUUCCUGAGAGUUCAAGGCGAAAUGAAACUGACGGUGACUUGGAAACAACAGAAGGUUCAGCUUAUCGAGCAAGGUUUUGACUUAACACAAACUCAAGACGCCAUGUACCAUCUGGACGAUGUCAGUAAAUCUUACUCCCGCUUAACUGACGAAUCAUAUCUUAAGUAUGUAUCAGGAAAGUCCAAAUUGUAAAUAAGUGUGGAAAUGUAGCCGUUCACAUUAUCUCACUUAUACUGACAUUCCGGUUCUGUAAGUUACCCUAUACCUCUGACAUAGUGUUGCUUGGAUGGAAUCAUUUCGGGUAUCAAGUAAAACAAAUUUUAGAUGACAUCGAAUGACGAUAUACUUGUAUCUGUUAUUGUCCAAAUUGGAUGCCAAUGUCUGGAUAACCCUUUGAUAUUCCUCACUUGGCUUAACUAUAGAUACUAAUCUGUAGAUACAAUAUUCAUGCUCGUCACGUGUAGGCCUUGUGUGUAAAUUACAUUCCUGUGUCUAUAUAUAUAGUAUCAAUACAAUUUGAUAGCGAUAUCAGGGACUAUGGUAUUAAGAGUAUGAUUCUCGUCAAUUCCUUGGAGGAUAUUAACAAAUGUUACUUUUUGCUCAAUGUGUUACA